AUGGUAGAGAGGCGGGUCCAGUACGUGGCAGCCAUAGGGGAGGGGUUGGUUGGCACAGGUGGUAUAGUUGGCGCAGGCAGUAGAGGGCGCGAAGAGCGGGGGCGAGCAAAUGAGGCCAUUUGUGCUUGUGUUUGCGGAGCAGCGUCGGAUGGAGUUGUUGUAAUCGCUGCGGUUAUCGGCACUGCGGCAGAGCGCUGUGGUGCGUUUGCCUGCGGAAUCGCAGUGGUUGCGCUUGGUUGGGGAGGAUCCGGGGCGCAAGUGGCCGUCACCGGAUAUGUAAUGAACGGCUGCAUGUUGUGGUGGUUUUUGGCGAUGAUGGUGUGA